UAAAAAAUUUUAUUAAGCCGAUGUUCCGGUGAUCGAUGUUUGUUUGUCCUUAACUGGUGUGAUAAUAUCAAAAACUAUUUCACUGGUAAUAAUUAUUGCUCGUUGAGUAAAUCUCCUUUUCCAAAAGGGGAAAGACAAAAGGAGGCCUUUGCAAUGGAGAAUAUAAAAAGUAGAACACAAAGGAAGUUUUAUUUUCUUCUUCAUUAUUAUUAAUAAAAGACUUUUGCAAUGACAACGACACAAAAGUAGCAUAUAAAUGGUGGUGGUGGAAUUUAUAAAGGGGGUUGGGGCCUAAUCACUUACUCCUGUUUUUAUUCUUUACCAUAUCACAUCCAUCUAAUCUCUUAAAAGUAAAAUUAUAUCACUGUCUACCACUGAAUAUAUUCUUAAUUAUAAUUUAAGUUGACCUGUCUAAUUAAUCAUUCUUAUUAUCUUUUUAAAAUGCAUAAUAAUUCAAAAUCCUUUACAUAAAGUAUCAAUUUUCUAUUCAAAUCAAUCAAGUUCAGAACUUUUUUGAAGCAAACAUUUUUUAACCAUGAUCAUCAUGUUUUGUUUUCUCUUUAAAAAAAAAACUAAUCGAUUAGUACAACAUCUAUUGAUCUUGACUGAUCCCUUUAUUUGACGUGAGAAUUGUAAUGAUUCUGAAAUAUUAUAAUGGCUUUUGUGCUUCCCUGUAUAACUCAAUAUGAUCUUAUGGUUAAUGCUUUGUCGAUUCAUUUUUAGAUGAGUGUUGAUGCUUUAUAUAUUUUUCUUAGUUUAUUACCUGAUUUUAGUUGGUUAGCAUGAAUUAAGUCAUUUUAAUUAUUUUCUCAAAUAUUUAAGAAUAGUGGUAUAACAAAACUAAAAGAAAGCUUGCAAAAAAGGAAUAAAACUUGCAUCUAGAUUCAAGAUACUUAAACCGAAGGACCAAAACUUAUAUUGAGUUGGUGUGGAAGUGUAAUGUGUAUAAUACGGAUACAAAGUUGGAAAAAUAACGAAAAGAAGAAGAAGAUAUGCAUGGAUACUUAUAUUUAGAUAUUUUUAUCAGCUGAAUGAACAGAUUCUUAAAGAUAAGAAUAAAAGAAGAGGAUAUUAAAAAAAUUAGAGAGAAAAUUAUGAAAGAGAAUAAUUGUGAAAAACUGUUGGGAUUGUCAAAUCUAAAAUUAAUUGAAAUUUGAAAGAGUAUAAGCCAAUAGAAGUAAAAGGAGAUCUUUCACUUGGGCCAUAGAGAAUCUAUGCUCACUAUACAUGUGCCUUUGCUCCUUCAAUAUACACGAGGAUUGGGGGCAACAACAAAAAUACAAAAAUAUGAUUAUAAAUUGAAAAGAAAAAAAACAUAAAUAUUACAUAUUAGUGGGACCUAUUCACAAUAGACCAGUUAAACAGCGACUCUUCUUUCUUACAUAUCUAAGCGUAAGCCUGAGGUCUGAAACCAAAGCAACAGAAGUAAACAAAACAUAAAAAUAAAUAAAAAUACUUCUUUUUCAAAAAAGCGACUACUCAGUUUGAUAUCUUUGUCGUAAAAUCCAUUUCGAGAAAUUUCACGCGCGAUUUGUUUAUACAUUUCUCAGCAUUCUCCUUAUUCUUUUACGAUCUUUGUUUGUUGGUUGGUGUAGUUUGAAAUUGAUCAAAGCGGGCGACGAUGCCGACACCGGUUACCACGGCGAGGCAAUGUUUAACGGAAGAAACAGCACGCGCACUAGACGACGCGGUAGCCGUCGCGCGUAGGAGAAGCCACGCGCAAACGACGUCUCUCCACGCCAUCUCCGGUCUCUUAACCAUGCCUUCUUCGAUUCUCCGCGAAGUUUGCAUUUCACGCGCCGCUCACAGCACGCCGUACUCUUCCCGCCUCCAGUUCCGCGCGCUCGAGCUCUGCGUCGGCGUAUCUCUCGACAGACUCCCUUCCUCGAAACCUUCUCCGACGACGACGACGACGACGGAGAACGAGGCGGAGGAAGAGCCGCCGGUGUCUAACUCCCUCAUGGCGGCGAUCAAACGCUCUCAGGCGACUCAGAGAAGGCACCCGGAGACUUACCAUCUCCAUCAGCUCCACGGUGGGGUUACUCAAACGACGUCGGUUUUGAAGGUUGAGCUUAAGUACUUCAUAUUGUCGAUACUCGAUGACCCGAUCGUGAGCCGGGUGUUCGGCGAAGCCGGGUUUCGGAGCACGGACAUAAAGCUCGACGUGCUUCAUCCUCCGGUGACGCGGUUCCCGCGUUCUCGCUGUCCUCCACUGUUUCUAUGUAACGUAACCGAAUCUGGCUCUGGUCGGGCGAGAUUCGGGUAUAGCGGUGACUUCGACGAGAACUGUCGGAGAAUCGGGGAAGUGUUGGGUCGGAAAGACAAGAAGAAUCCUCUUCUUGUCGGAACUUGCGGCGGUAAAGCGCUCAAAACGUUUAGUGACUCGAUCAACAGAGGAAAGGUAGGGUUUCUGCCUCUGGAGAUUAGUGGGUUAAGCGUCGUUAGUGUAGCGAAAGAGAUCGGUGAGAUGAAACUCGAUGAGUUGGGGAGAAUCGUGGAGCAAAGCUGCUCGAAAUCUAAAACGGGGACGGUUUUGAAUCUAGGAGAGCUCAAGGUCUUAACCAGUGAUGCUCUCGUGUCGAGGCUCUCGGAGCUGUUGAAGCUUCAUUGUGAGAAGCUCUGGUUCGUCGGGAGUGUGUCGAGCAACGAGAUGUAUUUGAAACUGAUCGAGAGGUUCCCCACGAUUGACAAAGACUGGAAUAUUCAUCUUCUUCCUAUUACAUCUUCGAAUCAAGGAGUUUAUCCCAAGUCAAGUUUGAUGGGAUCAUUUGUUCCAUUUGGAGGCUUCUUCUCAUCAACAUCAGAUUUCAGAGUACCGUUUAGUAACUCAAUGAACCAGUCUCGUCUUCCUCGGUGUCAUCUCUGUAACGAGAAGUGUGAGCAAGAAGUCACAGCCUUAGGUAAGUCCGGUGAUCAGUGUUCAGAGAAGUUGCCUUGUUGGUUACGUAAUGUGGAAUCUGAACAAGACAAAGGGAUUCUCAGACAGGCUAAAGAUGAUCCAAACACACUAGCUUCUGUGCAGAAGAAAUGGGACGACAUUUGUCAACGAAUCCAUCAAACUCCGGCGUUUCCUAAACUCAGCUUCCAGCCUGUUAGACCACAGUUCCCACUUCAGCUUGUUUCAACCCUUCAAGCUGAGAAUCCGCCACACCAACCCGGUUUAUCUGUAAAAAUCUCGAAGCCAAAACAUAUAGAAGAUCACACAACUCGCACAACAACGAACUCGCCUUUGAGCUGUGUUACAACAGAUCUAGGGCUAGGAACAAUCUACCAGGAGUCAAGCACACCGGUAUCACUUAACCGGAGAGGCUUUGAGCUGAGCAAAGAGAAACCAUUGUCACGGUACUGCAAAGACUUCAAGUCUCUCAGAGAAUUACUCUCUCGGAAAGUAGGGUUUCAGAACGAAGCUGUGAACGCCGUUAGCGAGAUCAUCUGCGGAUACAGAGAUGAUAGAAGCCAGCUAGCUUCAGCCACAAGUAAUGUCUGGCUCGCUCUUCUUGGACCAGAUCAAGUCGGGAAGAAGAAAGUAGCAACAACUCUCGCUGAAGCCUUCUUCGGCGGGCGAGAAAACUGCGUUUGCGUGGAUUUCAAGGCACAGGACCGGCUCGACGAUAGAUUCAGAGGGAAAACAGUUGUUGACUACAUCGCCGGAGAAGUGUCCAAGCGUGUGGAGUCUGUUGUUUUCAUCGAGAACGUGGACAAAGCUGAGUUUCCUGAUCAGGUAAGACUGUCUGAUGCUGUGAGAACUGGUAAGCUCCGUGACUCGCACGGAAGAGAGAUCGGUAUGAAGAAUGUUAUAGUUUUAGCUACUACUUCGAAUAUUCUUGAUGAGCGUGUCGAAUACUCCGAGGGAAGAGUUCUCACCCCUAAAAAAUGUAAACUCCAGAUAAAACUCGCCGACAAUGCUAACAAGAACGGUCUGAAUAAGCGAAGACAGGAGUUAGGAACAGAGGGUACAGAGCUUCGAGCUGUAAAGUCUCAACGUUCGUUUCUCGAUCUGAAUCUUCCAGUGGAUGAGACAGAAGCAAACGCAGAUGAAGAAGCGCAUGCAAUGUCCGAGAACAGUAAAGCUUGGCUUGAGGAUUUUUUCGAGCAAGUUGACGGGAAAGUGACGUUCAAAACGAUCGACUUUGAUGGGUUAGCGAAGAACAUACAAAGGAGCAUCUUGUCGCAUUUUCGUCGGUCGUUUGGACAUGAAACACGUCUAGAGAUCGAAAGCGAUGCGAUCCUUCAGAUUCUAGCUGCCUUGAGAUGGUCACCAGAUGAAGAGAAAACGGUUGAUCAGUGGAUGCAAACCGUUCUUUCUUCAAGCUUCGCUGAAGCGAGACAAAAGUAUAAUUCCAAUUUUUCUUUCGCUGUGAAACUUGUCGCCUCUCAAGAUUCUACCGCUGAAGAGGAAACGGCGGGAAUACAGUUACCGGCGAGAGUUGAAGUGAUCUAAUCAUUUCGGUUUUUAUUUUAUCAUAUAUAUAUAUAGUGUGUGAUGAUAGUUAUAUGUAGAUCUCCUGAGAGUUUUUGUCAUCGGCUUGGUUUGAGUUUGAGCUUUGUCAACUAAAUGUAUAUUAUUAUAAGCUUAUAGCUGAGCUAAACUGUGGUAUAUAGCUUUUAAUGGAGGGCCAAAUUGCCACAUGUUUUGGUUUUAGUUGGUUUUUACCAUAGUUGCUAUUGUUCUUUCUAUCAUUUUACGGUUUUCUGUAUAUUUUGUGUAACGUUAUUAGUUAUCAUAUGAGUAUCAGUUUCAUA